GACUUGGCUGUGUAUGGUUAACUCUAGUUCAAGUUCUCAGGAUCACAUGCUUGGGUCAUUGGAAGGAGUUUUUCUGGCUCUAUACUAGCUUGCAUUACCAUGACACGCCAUAAUAGCAAAAGUUAUCAAUUUUCUCUUUUUAUCAUUGACUUUGAUAGUCUAAUUAAUUAGCAUUUAUUUCUCUUCCUAUCAUAGUACAGCUAAUUGAACACUAAUGAAGUGUACUUUUGAUUACUCCACAGACAACUCUGAGUACACAUGGCUGAAUUUCCAUACCACAUCCUUUCAAGAACGAUUAAAUAAAAACUACUUCAUUUACAGCGGAGAGGACAGCAAGCUUCCAUUUGUCACUGAAAUGGUAGAAAAUCACAGAAAAUGUCCGUACUGGACUCUGCUGAAACACUUUUGUCCAUGUGCCCUUGACAUCUCCCUCAGCGCAAAAGAAUCAUGUUGUGCCUCCAAAAACGGGGCGAAGAAGAACAUGAAUCUUUCUGAUGACUUUUUACCAGUGCAAAGUAUAUUCUUGUUUAUACGAUGCAUAUUCCUGAAAGUGGUGCCAAAAUCUGCUCUUGGAAAUAAAAGGAACUUUAAUACAUUCCUCAAGCAUGUGCAAACAUUUUUGUCCAUCCAGCUCAAAGGAACAAUGUCUUUACACUACUUGUGUGCCAAUAUAAAAGUGAAGGUGAUCCCAUGGAUUCAAGCUGAAGAACACAGGAAAAGAAGGACUUUGCUGUCGUCAGCAGUUGACUUUUUCAUGAUGAAAGUUAUUUUCCCUUUGGUACAGUCUUUCUUCUAUGUCACUGAAUCUACGACGCACAAGAAAAGAUUGUUUUUCUUUCGAAAAAAGACGUGGCACAGAUUGCACCAGCAGUCUUGUGCACAUUUCAUAAAACAGUGUGGCCUGAAGCUGGUGCCACAAGCAUGGGUCCAGGAGAAAAGACAGAAAGGUCUCUGCUUGGGAGUGUGUACUGUUCGAUUCCUUCUGAAAAAGCCCUCAUUAAGACCUAUAGUAAAUAUGUCUCAAAAAUCUCACGAUGUGUCCAUAAACAAGCACCUCAAAGCGCUACUUUUAGCUCUCCGCUGGCUCAAAGAUCAACAUCCUGUGAUGUUAGGAGCAUCAAUUCUGAGCAUAGAUGAUAUUCACUGCAGAUGGAAAGCAUUUACUGAUUAUGUGAAAAGUAAGUCUAUUAAACAAUUGUACUUUGUGAAAAUAGAUAUUGAGAAAUGUUUUGAUACAAUCAAUCCUUGUUUGCUCUACAGCGUGGUCCAAAACCAGCUUCUCAGUCAGGAGAAAUACCACAUUUACCAUUACAAGAGAAAUAUUCAGUCAGAUGGGCAAUCUAAAGUGGUCUAUUACCAAAGCUCUGACAAACCAGAGAUUGAAUGUAGAACCAGACAAGGUGCUCAGUUUGUUCAUUCCUUCUCUGUCUCAUCUGAAGUGCUUUUGAAAAAACUUCAAGCAUUGCUUUUUGCCAAUGUCAUAAGGCUUGGGAGACAACACUAUGUUCAGUCCAUGGGUAUUCCACAGGGAUCUAGCAUUUCCAGCAUCCUUUGCAGCUUUUACUACGGAUAUAUGGAUCAAGUAAAACUUUACGAGUUUCAGAGAAAACCAAACUUUCUGGUCCGUAUGAUAGAUGAUAUGCUCUUUGUGUCUCCCAGCAGAAAAAGGGCUGAAGCUUUCUUCACUAUGAUGAUCGAGGGUGUCCCAGAGUUCAACUGCAAGAGCAGUCUCCGUAAAUGUUGUGCCACAUUUGACUACAGCCACCCUGAGUUUGGCCGUGCUCACACCCUAAAGCCUUCUGAACCGUUGACAUUUUGUGGCUUGGCCAUUGACUGCCGAAGUCUGAACAUUCUGGUGGACUUUUCCAACAACAAGAACAUAACUGUGCGAGAUACUGUCUCCUUGUGCCUUGCCAAUCAUCCCGGGCUACAGCUAAAGAAACUGUUGUCAUGGUACUUGAGACCCAAGAGCUAUGCUGUUCUCUUUGAUAAAGACAUUAACACAGAGACAAGCAUCAUAACAAAUGUUUUGCACAUUUUUAUGCUUGUUGCAGUCAAAUUUCAUUCUCACAUUAAGCAACUUCCUCCGAAGCAAAGAAUUGAAAGCAACCCAAACUUUUUCCUCAAAUUGAUUCAAGAAAUGCCUCAUAUGUUUAUGAAGAUUGUGGUGCAAAAACUGCAAAAGUCACAAAGUUCUGAUCAAGGCAUGGUCUCCUUCCCUCUCAGCACACUAAUAGUAAAGAGACUUUGCACCAGAGCGUUCUUGUAUAAACUGAGAAUGCACGACAGCAUGUACAAAUUGCUGAUCAAGCAGCUUCAAGUACAAGAGCGUCAAAGACAUAAAGGUCAGGACCUCACUAUUGUGGAUCUGUCAGAAGUGUACAGGGCUGUUUGUCUUUAAACUCUCAUGAGUACAUAAUAUAAUCUGCCACGCUCUUUCGGUUACCAAAUACAUGUGCAGUCAAACCUGUUCUUACUGCUACCUGUCAAAAAACAGUAAUCUUUACAAACUAUCACUUCCCACUUCUCCCUCCCCCUCCCCCAUGUUGCCGUCCACUCUCAAUCACUUCUUCUGCAGUGGGGUCUGCAUCAUAUUCUUCCCAGAAGAUAACUUUGUUAAUACAUUGUAGAGUCACCGACAUUAGUUGCUGUAUUUCUUUUAUUUUUACACUCUGAAUACGGACCAAACUCAACAGAAAGACGUUAAAAUGUGAUGAUGUUGGAUUGUUUUUUCCUCCGACUGUAUUUUGAUUCUUUCAUGCAACAUAAACAUUAUAUUUAUAUGUAUAUAUUAUAUACAGUCAAACCUGUGUAAGACGUCCACCCAUUGUCAAGGAGAAAAGUGGCCGUAUAAGACAGGUGGCCAUCUUAGGCAGGACUAAUCAAGAUAGAGAAAACAAAUCAUUCCUAUCAGAGGUCCCAAUUGAAAGUAGCUAGCCGCAUUGUUGUUGUUUAUGUUCUUGUUGGUGGUGGUGGUUUGUAUUUUGUUUGUAAUUUUUAUUUUGAUGCUGA